AUGAGAUACGGGGAGGGACGAAGGUUAGGGAGCAGCUCGCAAGGCGGCAGACCAGCCAGCGACCAGUUCCCGCAGCAGAUAGACGACGGCACCUCGCAGUCGGCAUCGGUCGGCCCCCUGGACCAUCUGGGAAGCCACCUCCGCCGCCUUCGGUGCCCCAAGUGCAGCUCGCAGAUGAUCUCGGACGAGAACACGGUGCAGAAGCAGGCAGUGCGCAUUGGCGCCCUCAAGGCCAAGACGAGCUGCGCGCCGUGCCCGCGCUGCGGAGCGGCCAUGUGCAUGGCGUGUGCCAGGCUCAUUUCCAACGCGCGCAACGAAUGCUGCCCGAUGGCAAGGCUCUAUGUCAUCUGGGUGCUCCUAUGCGGCGUGCAGGCGGACAAGGCGGAGAACCGCGGCGAAGAGAGCGCAAGAGACGAGGCAAGACUCGGCGACAUGAUUGCGGCACUCAACACCAUGUUGCCGCGUCCCUCGGGGGUGUCACACUUUGACAAGAACCCGCCCUCUGCGCUCGUCGACAUGCUUCGACAAAGUCCGCUGUUCAUCAGAAUGGCGACAAUGGUCCGACAAGGGACGACGCAGGACCUAGCCUUGCGACAAGCCUUGUACGAGCAAGUGUUUGCCGUGAUCGAGACCCUGCAGGGCCACAACGCCCUGGCGGACCUCGUCCACGGCGACUUGCGCACGUAUCCCACCGAGUCGAUGCUCUUCUCCAUGACCAUGCACCCGAGCGGCGCGCAGGCCCCCGAGACCUUUGCGUCGCGGCCACUGCGGGUUUUGCUCCAGGACCUCCGUUCGUCAGCGCGUGGGAGCCUUGCGAAGCGACUUGAUCAGCUACUUGCUCCUCCAUCCGCCGCUUCGCGCACUCCUCAACGGCCCUUGGCUCCCGGCAACUCGGGCUCCGGGCGGUCGACCCCGUCUCGCGGUUCGCGCCCGGAACCAUCGGGCACCUCGGGCUCAAGUCUGGCUCCCAACGGCUCAGACCGCUACCAUCGCGAGCACUGCGUCGAGGUGCUCGACGAUGACGUCUUCAUGGAACACUUUCCCUUCUUGGAAGUUCAGCGGAUGCAGCAGGGUAGGUCGCGGCCCGGGAGAAUGAAGCGGCUCAUCCGCGAGAUUGGCGUGCUCUCGUCGAGCCUGCCGCCGGGAAUCUGGGUCAAGCACGCGGCCGGGCGGCCGGACGCAUUCAAGGUUCUGAUCGAGGGCCCGCGCGACACGCCGUACGAGUUUGGCGUCUACGAGUUCCAUAUUUUGUGUCCGGAUGAGUACCCGCAGAAACCGCCGGCCAUGGUGUGGUCGCCUCGGGCGUGCUGUCCGCACAGGAUCAACGCCACCCUACAUGAUGACGGCAUCGGCAAGUAA